CCUUAAAAAAAACCCACACGGCCUCGCCGCCUCUCUCCGCCGCGAGCUCGCUCCCCUCCCCUCCCCGUCCCCGGCAACGCAAGCCAUGGCGUCGCGCCUCCGCUCCUUCGCGCGCCCCGCCGCCGCGGCCUUCCUCCACUCCGCGGCCAGCCGGAGCCCCGCGGGUUCCCUCCCCCGCUCCCUCGCUGCCGUUCCCAGGGCUCCGGCCGUGGGGCGGCGAAUGGCGCUGGCGCGGUCGCUGCAGCCGCUGCACAGCGCGGUGUCGGCGGCGCGGCUGACGUCGCGGCUGGGGGCGGAGGUGGCCCGGGCCGUGUCGCAGGGUACGCUCUGCAGCUCCUACCCGGGAGUCUGAGUCUGAUACAGUCUACUAAUCUUUGCAACGCUACAAGACGGGUCUCAGUGUCCCUCGAUAAUGAAAGAAACUGCUCCGGAUGGCAGCAGCAGAUAUUUGCAAGACUUGGUUAUCAUCAAUAAUCAUUUUUGUUAAAUUGUUACCUUAUUUAUUCAGGGGCACCCACUUUAUUCUAUAUAUUAGUGGCACACGUUUGACCUUGAACCUUCCUGGUAACAGUUUUUCGUUUGAAUUCCAUAUGAGCUUAAGGUUUCAGAGAACAUAGCUCUCUUUUGUAUACAUACUGGUCGCUUCGGACCAAUUGCUGUUUUUGUCCAUCUCAAGAGCUAACCUAGUUGAUAUC